AUGGCUUCCGGAGAGCUCCUCAAUGUCGAUCCAUUGGAAUUGAGAUUCCCAUUUGAGUUGAAGAAGCAGAUAUCUUGUUCGCUGCAACUAUCCAAUAAGACGGAAAAUCACGUAGCUUUCAAGGUCAAAACAACGAAUCCCAAGAAUUAUUGCGUUCGCCCAAACACGGGCAUUGUUUUGCCGCGAUCAACCUGCGACAUUGUUGUCACAAUGCAAGCACAGAAGGAAACUCCUCCAGACAUGCAAUGCAAGGAUAAGUUUCUGAUACAGAGUGUGGUUGCAAGCCCCGGUACAACUGGAAAAGAUGUCACUGCAGAUAUGUUUAAUAAGGUAAAUGGCAAGGUUGAGGAGUGCAGAUUGAAAGUGGUCUUUUUCGCUCCUCAUCAACCACCAUCUCCUGUUGCAGAGGGAUCAGAAGAGGGUCUUUCCCCAAGGUCAAAUACAGUUGGAAAUGGCAAUGAGGCUACUAGAACUUUUGCUGACAGCCAUGAAAAUAUGCCAGAGGAACUGUUGAAGCGCAAGAACAGCAAAGGUGGAAGAGUAUCCAUCACUUUUAUCAUUAUCAUCAUAAUUGGUCUGCUAGGCGUAGUCCUGGGGGGGUACUCGAUGAAACAAUGA